AUGGAUACUAUUAUUACUGUAGAGAACACCGAAGCAACUACAACGUUGCUACCCAAUGUGGAAUUAAGACAUCCUGUUUCCACGGCCUACAAAAAGAAGAGGUUCAUUCCGACAGCCAACUCUGCCGCCUAUGUGGACAAGUCCCACCAUGGUGUCCACGGACGUUGCAACAAAUGUUCAAACAGUACCAAUGACUUGAGACGAGUGUCGGCAUACUGUAUCGCCGACUCAAUAUCCCUCAACCAAUCAUUCCUCGAGCUGGAGAGGAAUGGAAUGAGACCCAUCGAGCACAAGGAGUUCUAUUACUACCAUAUCAGGAAAUAUACAAGUGGUCCACCUCCAAUGAUCAAGACUCAAACUCCGCCUCAGUCCCAGCACCAUCUUGAGACUCUAAUGGAGCUUCGCAUCGAUGAUGAGUGUUCAUCAAUCAGCACACCGUCAUCAUGUUUAUACGAGGGCACUGGUGCAGGACUCGGAGCCCAGGUUCAGCCAGAAGAUGCCAGUGCCAUGGACCAGGACAAGGGCAUGGUUGUCGUGUUUGAGAAUGGAGUCGUGGUCUUUUGGGACCUCACACCAUCGAUCGAGUUCCGCGUCAUUAAGAUGCUCGAGGUGUUCUCGGUCAAUGUCCUCGAUCACAAGUUGGUGGAUGACAUGCGAUUCGAAUAUGCGUGUCCUGGACUCACGCCAGCACAAACCACCAUCUUCCAAGACAAGAUCAUCCUCGACUCGUACGACCCCCUGGUCAAAGUUGCCAUGAGCCAGUCCAUCUCACAAUCCGUCAAGAUCUCAUCCUUUGAAGAGAACCUUGAGCUAAUCAUCGAGGCCACCAAAGAUGUCCCAGUUCACUUGUCUCAGAAGGGCAAGAUAUGUCUGUCACAAAGAAGAGUUGGCCAACUGUUGGGAACAUUGUAUAUCCAGAAGAAUGCAAUUAACUUGCAUUCCAAUAUACUGGACACACCAGAGUUCUUUUGGACCUUCCAGGAUUAUGAGAGAUAUCAUAUUAUGACUGAGAAGUAUCUGGAGAUCAAGCCAAGGGUACGCACUUUGAAUCACCGAUUGAUGGUGGUACGCGACCUCAUCGACAUGUGUCGCUCCGACCUCGAAGCCAGAGGUUCCUUCCGAUUGGAGAUCAUUGUAAUAGUGCUCAUCUUCUUUGAGCUCGUCUUUAUGGUUCUCCAAUUUCUACAUGAUGUCGUCAUCUAA